AUGAAUCCAUUUUCAUCACUUAAAUUUCAACUUGCAUUUUCCGAUGGAAGUGGAAAUCUUCCAGAUCCAAAUUGUAUUUAUCAUCCCCACCAAGCAGCUCUUAUUCUCAAUGCUUGUCCUGAUAACAAUUGGCGCAGUAAACAAGAGUUAACACUCAUUUGGUUUGACACAGAACUUAUUAUCAACAGCAAUGAUACACAAGAAAUCAAAAAACGACUUCAUACACUCAAUGCUUAUGUUCUCUUUUAUUCUGAUGUCGAUCGUCUGAUUUUCUAUCUGCGAACAUGCCAAAAAGAAAAAGUAAUUUUGAUCACAGUAACGACGAGUAGAUCUGCUCUGCCUGUUGACUGGAAUAACAAUAACAUCAUAUGUUUUCAUCUUGAUACAUUUGAUCAAAUUGACAAUCUAAUGCAAGAUAUUGAUCAUUAUAUAAGCAAAGAAUUCGAAAAUGAACGAGUUAGUGGUCGAUUGAUCGGCGACGAUACCCGAAAUAUAUCACAACGUGAAGUAGAUAAUGAAGCCUUUCGUAUUCUUUGUUAUCGUAUGUAUAAACAAAUCUUAUUCAGCAUGAAUGAAUCGACCAGUGAACAAGCUAAAUGUGAAUUUCUGACAUUGUGUCGUAAUCGUUAUCCAGAGUUAAGUAAUGCUAUUGAUGAAUUCGAACAAACAUAUACCGUUAAUGAUGCUAUUAAAUGGUAUACAAAAGACACAUUUGUCUACAAACUUGUCAAUCGUGCUUUGCGCACUCAAGAUCUCGAAUGUUUAUUUGUACUUCGUUUUUAUCUACGUAAUUUAACACAUUGUUUGAAAAACGAAUGGAAUGAGUGGCGCAAUGCUACUAAUUCCGGUUCGAUUGUCACUUUAUAUCGAGGUCAAGUCGUAAAUAAAGAAUUUCGUCUCGAUCUAUUAAAACGUCAAGGAAUGUUAGUAUCAGCCAAUGGUUAUCUUUCAACCAGUCAAAAAGAAGAAGUCGCCAAAAUGUUUGCUUCGGUUGGAACGAGACUUACUGAAGGUGAAUCAGUAUUGUUCGACAUAAAUGUUGACUUACACGACAGUAAUAGUGCUUUUGCCAAUAUUAGUCGUUUCUCGCAAAUGGAUCAUGAAGAGGAAGUCUUGUUUGAUCUUGAUACAACUUUCCGUAUUGAGAAUGUUAUUCAAGAAUAUGAAGACAAUGUUCCUUAUUGGCGUGUUCGUAUGAGCCUUGCACCUGACAACGGAAUGGAACGUAUUCGCAUAUGUAUGGAACGUCGGUCUCUCUACGAUUCGACGGGAUUCGAUCUAAGAUUUCGAGCGAUACCAGAUGUCAAUCCGUUUGAUUCUUUUCUCAGACUGAAUAAUCUACUCAAUUAUUUAUAUCGAUUUGAAUUAACCAUGCUCGAUCUAUCUAGUACAGUCGAAAUAUUGACAAAUGAUGCUGCACUUCUCCAUUAUCAUACUGGUGCAAAGCUUUUAUUAUGUAUCAGACCUGGGCAACAAUUGAAUGUUGACGAACAAAAGAAUCUGCUUCAAGGCUUGAUGCAUCUGACUCUUUCAGAUCAUUUGCUCACAUUAGAUGAUCGUAAAGAUCUAGCUCCAUGGGCUCGACGGGCCAUCGGUUUAGCACAUUUCAAAGGAGGCGACUACCAACGAGCUUGUGAACAAUUUACAAGAAUAAUUGGAGAUGAUAAUGAUGAUAAACAAAAUCAAUUUCAUACAGCCGUAUGUUCCUUUUGCCUCGGUCUAAUACAUAGCGAGCUUGGGCAUCAUGAGCUUGCAAUUAGUUUCUUUGAACGUGCGCUUACCUAUGCUAUCAAUCUUCCACCCAUCUUUGAGGCUCAAUGCCAGUUACAAAUUGGUCAUUCAAUCGAACUUCAAGGAUUUCAAAUCGGCAUGUGUUUCGAAAAGGCAAGAAGAUAUUAUGAAAAAGCACUCGAUGUUUUUGAAAACCGAAUCAAUCCACCAGAUCCACAUGCACUUGCACUAUGUUAUGCUGUAAUAGGAAAUUGUUAUUUUUUUGACAGAGCAUUUACAGAUGACUCUCAUAGAUACUUUUUGAAAGCAGCUGAUGCUUAUGAUGCUAUUUAUCAGCAACAAGCACCACCGGAGGUUUUUACUCAAGCUCGUCUUCUCAUUGUGGGCACUCUUUUUAAUAUCGCACUCAGCUACUAUCAAAAAUUAUCAUUCAUGGAUGAAGCCAAAAAGUGUUUUAAACGCGUGAUUACAUAUCCAGCCGAACAUUGUCCUUUUGAUAGCUUUGGUUUAUCACAUCGAUAUUUGGGUCAAAUCGCCUAUGUUCAUCACGAACAAUACUCACAAGCUCUUGAACAUUUUCAGGCAUCGGCACAAUUCUACGAAACCCAUUCACCUGAUGACAAUUGGGAACUAGCAUCAAGCAAUAAAUGGUUGGCUAUGGUACACUAUAAACAGCACAAAUAUCAACUGUCGAUUGAUUAUGCGGCUAAGGCGAUUGACUUGUUCCUAACUCCUCAACCGAAGACAUGUAAGACGACAUUUGUUGGUAACGAGUUAAAAUUUUUGAAAGAAAAUUGUGGUUUUGUACAAUUGGAUGAAGCAGCAAAUAAAGAACGAACACACAAGCAAGCCAUGUCCGAAACAUACAGAUUUAUGGGUGAUGCCUAUGAACAGAUGAACGACAUGGAUAUGGCAUUAGCAGUCUAUGCAUGUGCUUUAGAAUUAAAUAAAGAUUUUACGCCUAUUUAUCAAUUAGAAACAGUGGUCACUCAAACUCGGAUGGGCGAUUUAUUGUCCAAAAUGGAACGACAUGAUGAAGCAUUGAUUGAAUACAAAAAUACAUUGAAUCUUCUUAAACAAUUUUCUAAUCGUCGAGAUCGAAAGAACAAAGCGAAGAUACAAGCACUUUAUGAAUGUCAAAAAUCUGAAACAGAUGCUCCUCUUAUUCCAUCUACACUAGCACAACCGAUAACAACAACAACUCCUUCUAUUAUAGAAAAAAAACUUAUUUCUUCGUAUCAACGACGUCUUUUCGAUUUAUCAACUGAUGAUGAUGAUGAAAAAAGCUUAUCAAGUGAUGACGAAGAUUUGCCUGUCGAUUCGAAUGACUAUUCUGACGUUAAUCUCAUUGUAAAUAUUCAAAAUAUCUUAUUUCUCGUCAAUUCGAUGAAAUGUCCAAAAUGUGAUGUUCAUGGACAAUAUGAUUUUAAAGUUACUAAACGUCUUGGACUUUCUUAUUAUAUCUCAUUUACGUGUUCGUGUGGAAAUAUUAUACACUUUAUUACUGGUAAUCGAAUUUUACCAUCAUCAAAUUCUCAAAUGACUGACUUGAAUAUGGCAAGCAUUCUUGCUGGAUCUCUUAUCGGUGUUCAACGACGAGGUCUUCAAAAGUUUUUUGAAGCUAUGGGUAUUUUACCACCUGUUCAAAUUGAAUCAUAUAAACGAUAUGAGGAUCUUUUAUUUACGUCCAUUCAAGAAGUAGCUGAAACGAGUACAGCAGUAGCUGCUAAUGAAGCACGUACGUAUUACAAAGGUGAUGAUGUUACUGUGUCUAUCGAUGGUACUUGGUUGACGCAAGGUUAUUCAUCUUUACAUGGUGUAGGAACUAUUGUCAGUGUAGCGGAUCCACCAAAAGUUCUUGAUUAUGAAAUAUUGAGUCGUCAUUGUUCGGAAUGUGCUGGAUUAUUAGCUAUCAAGAAAUCUGAUGGUGAAUUAUAUUCUAAACUACUCGAAGAACAUCUGGAAUGUGGUUGUGAAGCUAAUUACGAAGGUAGUAGUGGUGGAAUGGAAGGAGCUGCAAUGGUUAAAAUGUUUGGUCGAUCAAUUCUGAAACAUAAUCUGCGUUAUACGACAUACAUUGCAGAUGGUGACACAAAAAAUGAUAUUAAUAUUUCUCAAUCAAAACCCUAUGGUGAUUUAGCAAUUGAAAGAAAGCAAUGUGUUAAUCAUUUUUCAAAGAGAAUGAAAACACGUUUAUUAAACAUCAAAAAGAGCUAUGGAAGAAAACGUCUUGCCGAUAACAAAACUAUAGGUGGUAAAGAUGAUGGAAAAACUCAUAAACUUCAAAUUUAUUUUGGUAAAGCAAUACGAGAUAAUAACAAUGAUUUAGAGAAAAUGAAGCAAGCUGCAUGGGCUGCUUGGUUUCAUAUGUCAAGUACAGAUGAAAAUCCUAUGCAUGACCUCUGCGAUCCCGAUCAUUUCAGAUUAUAUCUUGAUUUUAAUUAUAAACAUCAAUCACAUUCGCUUCCUCCUACUGUUUGUGCUGCUAUCAAGCCGGCGUAUGACGAUUUAUGUAGUGAUGAAUGCCUUCGUCAACUACUGAAUGGAGGAACAACUAAUCCUAAUGAAAGUUUUCAUCGGAUUAUUUGGUCAUUAUGUAGAUUUAUUGGUCUUAUUCCUAUUUACAAAUCAUUCGGUAUUGCUAUAAAUAAUGCUCUACUUAAAAUGCUUAAAAAGAUCGAUCAUGAACGAAUAAAAGAAGAUUAA